GCCUAAGACGGCCUGGUGAGAACAAUGCGUUGUGUCUAUGAUUACACGCAUCCGCAACCAGUGUUCUACUUGUCCUUCUUCCGGAAGUACCCCAGGACAAUGACUCGAGUAUAGGUGGAUAAUUCGACGUUUGUAGAUGGUUGAACGUCUCCUUACCUGCUAUCACUUUUGAUUGCGCGCGAGCCCGAAGUUUUGCUCUUGCCAUGUUGGCUCGACAAGCACGCCGCGAGCUCCGCAGCGAAUUCGACGACAAGCCAACAAGACUCGCUAGAACACGGCCUCGCGUUCGAACCACGACCCAGUUCGCAGACCCUGACUAUAACCAGCCAACACCGAUGCCAAAAAGUGCCGCACUCUCGCCGACUUGGGCUAAUGUCCAUAAGAUUGCGAAUGGUCGGCAAUUCCAUGAGAGGGUCAAGGUCUCUGACUUGGACCGAUAUGUCGAAAUUAACAAGACCGCCAACCAAAGGUUCAGACGCGGAGAUCAUACGAACUUUGUUAUUGAAGACAGACCUUCUGCAUCUAGAACCCGUUCCAAGGAUAUCUCGAGCGGUAGCUUCUGUGCCGAACCUUCUAUCUCACCCAUGGGCGACUUUCAAGAUCGAAUUGCGAGGUUCAAUUUUGCUCGAGCCCAAGCCAUGGCGUCGCCACAAUCUUUCAGAAGAUCAGCCUCACGUCCCAAGAGAGUCGUGAUUUUAGACGAAUACUGGUUGGAUGAUGACAAGCAACGUAGGCGCGUGUUGAGCUCUCCGAGUUGGAGAAAGACAAGACCUGAUACGCCUUCCUCUACCAGAUCUAGAAUCUUCGAUUUCGCAUCCGAUAGUCGCAUCUUGACGUCGAUCGAAGACUUUCUGCCACGAUCUCGCUAGGUCUGGCUAGUGGUCAUUCUUGCCAUCUUCGUUGGCUUAGCGCCGCCAUCCCAGGAUACGACCAUUAAGCAGGCGCACAGGACUGUGUGUGCUCACCUUGGU